UAUCCCAUGGUGCACCGGAAAGUGAACACAUCUCGUAGCCUUCGAUUCACGCGAGAUUUGUCGAGAGCGUCGAUUUCAUGCUAUCCAGUCGCGUAGCAACCUUCAAAAUUUCCCGGGAUUAUUACGUCACUUCUACCUAAUUGAUUUUCAAUUCUAAAAUUGCGUCUCUCCGUCUGUUGUUAGUAGACGCGUUUGUCUUAUAUUUUUUAUUUCCCAAGGAACCUUCAGGUACGCAAACAGAAUUAUAUUUUAUGGUACAAUAUUGAAAAAAUAAAAUUGGUCCAAAUAUCCAAAUUUGUUUAGAAUUAUGGUUCUUUUUGCCAACGUUGUUAUAGGUCAGAGGGUAGAGGUUAAAUACAAAGGUCGCAUUCACAGAGGAACUGUGAAGUUCAAGGGAUCACUAAACUCAGUGGAAGGUGACUGGGUUGGUGUUGCAUUAGCAGAGCCAGUGGGCAAACAUAAUGGUUUAUACAGAGGUACUCAGUAUUUUUCCUGUAAAGAUGGACAUGGGUUAUUUAUUCACCCGUCAAGAAUACGAUUCCUGACGACAAAAAGAUGUUUAUUUGACAACUACCAUUCAGUAAUGCCUAUUUCAUUCAUUGAAGAUACACUGUUUGAGAGAUCAGAAACUCCCCAUGUAAGAAGUUACACAGAUCCUGUGUCAAUCUCAUCUAGUUAUUUAGACACUGCCAGAGAUCUGUUCCGAAGUGAGGAACAGAAUAUGUUCAGCAGUACUCCUCGUACAUAUCGACUUGGCCACUCUGUUGGUCGUGAAAUACGAGCAGCAACAAUGAGACCUUCAACAUCAAUGUCAACGUACACGUAUCGUAGUACACCAGUACAUGGAUUCUAUGAUAUGGACUAUAAUGACGAAUUCAUUUCAAGACCAUCUAUGCCUAUGAUACAUAUGCCACAUCACGUACUUGUCAGACAAAAUAAACGAGGAUGGAAUGAUUCCGUAACAAAACCCAGGGAAUGGUCUUUGUAGAAAACAAUUUACUAGAAAUAAACCAUUUACAUUCAACUAGAGUGGGGAGGGGGGAGGGGGAAUGUUUACAUAAACUAUACAUGAUGCACAGUAUAAGAACAUUUACUGGUAGUUUCUUUUCUUGAAUAAUAAGUCCCUGUUUUGGACAAAAAUGAGACUUGGGCUAUGUCCACACUUAUUUCUUACACACUAGGACAAAUUACAUUCACACUUGGUACAAAGACCAGACAUCAUGGCUUACAGAUGCACAUCACAUGGAUUUGCACUUGGACAACCCAAUAUGGUUGACUUUUGGCAAUUUUAGUGGCAAUAAUUACUAUUGCUGCUGUUGGACAUGCAUAAAUGGCUUCGUUCAAACUUGGCACAGAAAAUCACCUUUAAUAAAUUUAAUUCUAUUUAUGGAUCAGAUUUAAAAUAAAUGACUAGUAGUCAUUUUGUUUUGUUUUUUUAAAAAAAUUCUGUUCGACGCAGACGCACAAUACCGGAAACAUCAUGGGAUGCACAUGUGCAUGAUAUUUUGUUCAGAAAUGACAUAACAUCCUCAAUCACUUAUUCCGUUGCAUUGUUUAAAUAUUUAAAAUUAACAGGGACUGCCAAUGUCUCUAACCAAAUAUUUUAUGGGCAUAUCAAUUUUAGCAUAUUUUUU